AUGGGCGGCGAUGCAGCCAAAGGCGAGUUCAUCGGCUUCUAUGACUGCCACGUGGCACCACGAAGAGGAUGGUACAAAGAGACUAUCCAACUCCUCAAGGAGAAGUCGCGGAGGCUGGUCAUUCCCAUGAUUGGCGCAUUGAACAUUGAUACCUGGGAUGAAAUCCCCAAUGGGGGAUAUGUGGGCAAGUGCUGGGUCAAUUUCAAUGCUGACUGGUGGUGGUACGAUGAUGAGUCUGCUUAUUCCCCCGUCAUCAGUGGCGGGUUGGUUGCUACUACACGCAGCUGGUGGCAAGAAUCAGGAGGUUUUGAUCCUGGCAUGCAUGGUUGGGGUGGGGAAAAUACCGAGCAGCCCAUCAGAACCUGGCUUUGUGGCGGCGAUGUGGUGCGCGCGAAGAGCAGCAUAGUGGCGCACAUGUGGCGCACCGAGAAGGACAAGCGCACCAUUGCCAGAUACAAGAUUCGCCAGAAGUAUGACAAUGUCGCCCGCACGGCCGCUGCAUGGUGGGAUGAGUUUCUGCCCAAAUUUCGUGGCGGAAACGAGCCGCAUGUAGAUGUGUCCAAGACUAUGGAGUUGAAAAAGCGAUUAGGCUGCAAGCCUUUCGCUUAUUUCUUGCAUCGCUUUCGAAAGGUCUACCUCCAAAGCGGCAUGCUGCCGGAAAAGGUCUUUCGUAUUCGUAGUAGCAGCACGGGCAAAUGCCUGCGACGUCAGAAUCGAGGCUACCUCUUGAGCGACUGUUCUGGUGGCACAUGGCUGCACCAUGGGAACAUGAUUCCAGAAGCGUUUCCAAAGCCUGAAGCGCUUUCUCGAUUGAUUCAAUCGGCUGAUGACGAUGCCAAUUUGGAAACAAAUUGUGGUGGACACAAAGUGACCGGUGGUUGCAGUGCAUGCCCUCAGGGCCACGGCUCUGAAUGGUGCCACGCAGACUGCCAGUGGGUCUUUGCAGUAUGCAUGUCACGCGCAGAGGCUGCGAAGGUGAGUGCUCAGCCACUGGAGACCUGCUGCUCUGGCAUUCGAGAGUGGAAUUCUUUGGAUUGCUGGGCAGAUCUCACUGGCAAGGGCCCAGAGACUGCGCUAUGUGAUAUCACUGGGCGCAGCUCCCCUCAGCAGUUCAUGUUCGACGACGAUGGCCGCAUUUGGCACAGUACGGGGGAAUGCUUGGGUGUCAAAGAUGGUGAAGAACUGAAGAAAGGACACUGUGCUUCGGCUGAGAAGUGGGAGAUUGUUGAUGCCUUUGAGCCCUUUGAGACCCAAACCUACAAGAAAGCAGUUGUGAAGCAGCAUGGCAGUUAUUUUAUGUUGCUUCACUCAAAAAACAGGAGCAUGGCGAUCGGAUAUCGAUGA